AAUUGUAGCCUCUCCCGAUAUCCAUUCUCUCUGCUCAAAACCGUAUUAUCGUUCUCCUCUAUUGAAGAAAGACAGCGAAAGCCCCGGACGAUGGUUUUCCAUUUGAAAUAAAAACCGAUAGGAGUAUUAGAAUGGCGUCAAAGGCCCAUGUGGACAGUACAGUUAAUGAACGUCGUCUGCGUCCAAUAUACGACUGGCUGGACAAUGGAAACAAUAAAAAGGCCCUCCAGGAGGCAGACAAAGUCCUCAGAAAACAGCCAACGAAUCAGUGUGCAAGAGUCCUCAAGGCCCUGGCCCUCCUGAGACUAGGUAAAGAGGAUGAGUGCCAGAAUAUAAUGGAACAGGUGCGUUUUGAAGUUCCCUGUGAGGAUUCAACUCUCCAAGCGAUGAGUAUCUGCUACAAGGAGAUCCAUCAGCCCGAAAAAAUUCGAGAGGUUUAUGAAGCAGCUGCAAAAGCUGAUCCUCACAACGAGGAGCUGCUGACACACCUCUUUAUGGCGUACGUUCGUCUGGGUGAUUUUCGAAAGCAGCAGCAAACAGCUCUAGCUCUUUAUAAAUUAAAACUCAAAAAUCCGUACUACUUCUGGGCAGUGAUGAGUGUUGUGAUGCAGGCAAUUGAGGCUGACGAUAAAUUAGCGAAAGAUGUGAUUCUCCCUCUGGCAGAGAGAAUGGUCCUGAAGCUCGUCAAUGAGGAUAAACUCGAGGCAGAGCAAGAGGUACAGCUUUACCUGAUGAUUCUAGAGCUCCAGGGUAAAGACGAGAGUGUACUCGAGGUACUUAAUGGUCCACUCUCUGACAAACUCUCAGGUGUGCCCCAAAGAAAAGCUAGUCUCCUUCUAAAACUCGAUAAACACGAGGAAGCGACGAAUGCCUUCAAGAAGUUCAUCACCGAGGACAGCGACAACUGGUCGCACUAUCUGAAUUAUUUGACAUCAGCCCUGGAGCACCAGAAGCCAACAGAGUGCCUGGAGUUUCUCGAUAAAAUAGCUGAGACAUCUGGAAAAAAGGUGCGAGGUCCACAGCUGGGGAGAUUCGAACUCCUGAAACGUUGUAACUCAGUGGAGAUACAUUUGAGAGAUGUUCUUGAGCCAGUGAAACUCAUGAGAAAAUAUUUCGAACAAUUUGGUAAUAAGGGCUGCAUCGUGGGCGAUCUCAGGCUCUACCUGGAUCUUUUCACUGAUAACGAGAGGAUUCAGCUGUUCCAGGAGAUAUCUGGGGAUGUUGGAGUGACAGAUGAUACUCCACCGACAUCCACUGAUCAAAUGCUCAGGCAUAUUCAUCUGGAGGAGCUCAAGAGAAUUUGCGGUAUGCAUCACUCACCGAAUCUCGAUGUCCAGGGGAGAACGCGUCUCGUUGAGCGUCUCUGCAAGUUCUACGAUAUUGGAAAUAAACUCUGUCCAUCAGACGAGAGAUUGCCAACCGAUUUCGCACCAUUUGACUCGUAUAUUUUAAUAGCAUCCCAUGUCCUCCUCCAGUUGUUCUACGAGACGUCUGAUGCUAGAUACCUCUACCAGGGGAUGAUGCACUUGGAGAAUGCCCUGGCAACUAGUCCAGCCAAUUUUCACCUAAAAAUAAUGCUCGUCAGGUCUUAUCUCGAGGCUGGAUUGAUUGGUGCUGCUGAUCAUGCUUAUGCUCUUCUAGAUGUCAAGCAGAUUCAGCUGGAUUCACUUGGUUAUCUCCACGUACCUCUCCUGGCACCCAUGGGACAUCUGUCCGGUGCUGCGAGUGCCCUGGAUCAAGCUGUCAAAUUUUUCAUUGGCAAUUACAAACACAGCGCUGACAGAUUAACAUUUGCGUACAAAUAUGGAAGCUUCGUAAAAAUUCAGGAGUUCGUGGAGCUCAGGGAGAGACUGGAGAAGUCUCUCCACUUCGCUACAUCAACUGUUGAUAAAAUGUUGUUGGACAUCAGUUGGUGUGAGAGCUGCAAGUCACUGUCAGGCACUCUGGCAACGAUGAGGAUACAGCCACACGAGGAUCCCAUCAGGUGGGAUUUAUUGAGGGACAAUAGAGAUCUUGAGGUUGUCGUCAGCUGGGAGCCAAUCACCAAGAGCAAAGAUCCCAGGAGAUACGAUGACACUCGUGAAUGCAUGAUGACUAUUUUAGCUGCUAGAAAUUUGAUACUGAGAAUUAUUGCUGCGACUGCUGAGCCGGACUCAUCGUCACUCCUCAGUAAAUUAUCGGGCGAGCUCAGGACACUGGAGAGUGAACGAUUGGCCAAGUGUCUGGAGUUAUUUCAACAGGAGAGAGGAGUCAGGGUUGACAAUCAGGUGAUUCCUAUGGAUGCUGUUGAGCGUUUGAGGGAGGCACGUGACUCUGGACAGUUGAAAAUAAUAGCGAGAGUUGCAGAGGCAUUUGCCAAAUUAUCAAAACCCGAUGACGAGACUAUCGAGGCACUUCGUGGUGCUGUCUGUCUUGAAGCCAUUGAUGUGGGGGAGGGCAUCGUUAGUUAUAAAGAAUUUAUGCUCAGGGCUGCUACCUGUGGAGAGACUCUCGCUUUUAUUGGGGCAAUGUGUGUUGAAUUCUCGAAUCAAUCUCACCCACGAAUUGCCAAUAGAAGGAACAGGAAGAAGAGUCACAGCAAAGAAAUUUCUAUCAACAACGAUGAUGUCCAGAGUUGGACGAAAAUUGGCCAUUUACUUACUGAAAAAGCUCAAAGACUGGAGUCAGUACUGACAAAUAUGGAGAAAAGGAGUCCAGAGACUGGUCUGGAGAUAACUCUCAGUCAAUCAGCGAAUGUUGUCUUAGAACACACCCAGGAGAGCAUUCAGGACAGCUGUCGAAUGCUGAAAUCACGUCUGAGUCUCACCGUUAAACUUAUCAAUGGUCUUCGCAGCUGAAACUCCACUGAUUCAAAUGUACAAAUUUUAAUCAGACUCGUGAGAGCGGAUAAUAUUGCCCAUUACCAUCCGACAAGUCUCAUAAUGUUAAUAACUUCAAUAAUGUGUACAUACGCCUAGUUGGUACUUCACUGUCAUCAUUGGAAGAAUUGAAAAAUGAAAGAUGCAUAAUCGAA